UGGCUUUUAUGAUUGGACUACUGUGCAUCAAAAGUUUAUCAGUGCUGGUUCCUUUUAUGGCCGUGCCUGAGCUGUGAGUGCAAUCUUGCUCAGUAUGAAACAGGGCAUCAUUAGAAUUCAUAAUAAUUCAUUUGCAAUCAUGCAUGAGUGGAGUACCUUCAGUUAAUAGUGCACAUGCUGCCCUCUUUCAGCUACCUUGGAGCCAUGGAGAAUGGCACUGCUACCCAGAUGCCUAAGCAGAGCAUUGAUAUGCGAAGCUUGCCACCACCAGAGUCAUCUUCUCAUUAUGUGCCUGUCAAGCUUGAAGAGCACGAACCUCCGGGUCUCAGUGUCAAGAAGCUCAUCAAGACAGCCAGGGAGAAUUCCGGGUGCGACCGACAAAGUGUCCUUGGUGUCUUCAUUAAGCUGUUUCCUGUUGUAGAGUGGCUUCCCCGCUACAGUAUCAAGGAACAACUGCUUGGGGACAUCAUCUCUGGCAUCCUGGUUGGAAUAGUUGGCAUCCCUCAGUCCAUAUCCUACUCCCUCCUUGCAAGUCAGGAUCCCAUUUAUGGACUCUACACAAACUUUUUCUCUGUCAUUAUCUACUUUGCCAUGGCUACCUCACGCCACAAUUGCAUUGGGACUUUUGGAGUCCUUUGCCUGAUGAUUGGGGAAUCAGUAAACCGGCAACUGACGUUAGCAGGAUACCAGUUAGAGACUGACAUACCGGUGAAUGCCACGUCGAAUGGGACAGUUGUCUGUGACAAAAGUUGCUAUGCUAUCACUGUGGCAACCGCUUUAACUUUUUUGGUUGGGCUUUACCAGAUACUUCUAGGGGUCUUCCAACUGGGCUUCAUAUCCGUAUAUCUUUCGGAACCUCUCCUGAGUGGCUUUGUGACUGGAUCCUCCCUUACCAUCCUCACUUCCCAAAUGAGUCUUCUGCUGGGACUGAAAAUCCCUCGCCACAAUGGAGUAGGCUCUCUUAUCUUCACGUGGGUUGACAUAUUCAGAUACAUUGGCAACACCAACAUCUGUGACCUAGUCACCAGCCUGAUUGCUUUGGUCCUCAUUGUGCCAGUGAAGGAGAUCAACAACUACUUUAGAGACAAAAUGAAGGCUCCUUUCCCGAUGGAGCUUCUGGUGGUCAUUGCGGCGACCCUGCUUUCGUAUUUCUUCAACUUCAACAAGAGAUACAAAUCUAAAAUAUGUGGCUCCAUUCCCACUGGUUUCAAGCAGCCUACUGUACCAGAUCUGAGCCUUCUUUCAAACCUGGCAGUAGAUGCUCUGCCCAUUGCCAUCAUCGGCUUUGCCAUGACUAUCUCUCUGGCAGAAAUAUUUGGCAAGAAGCAUGGCUACCCGGUUCGGGCCAACCAAGAAAUGAUUGCCAUUGGCAUGGCGAAUCUCGUACCAUCUUUCUUCUCCUGCUUUGCCUCUAGCGCAGCCUUGGCAAAGACCCUGCUUAAGGAAUCCACUGGGUGCUGUACCCAGAUCUCAAGCCUGGUAUCUGCGUUUGUGCUGCUCCUGGUAUUGUUGUGGAUUGCCCCUCUCUUCUACUCACUGCAAACCUGCAUCCUGGGGGUGAUCACCAUUGUUAACCUCAGGGGGGCCUUGCGGAAAUUUGCCGACACCCCGAAGAUGUGGCGGAUCAGCAAGAUAGACACCGUGAUCUGGUGGGUCACCAUGCUCUCCUCAUUACUCAUCACUACAGAGCUGGGCCUCCUCAUAGGCGUCUGCUUCUCCCUCCUCUGCAUCAUCUUCCGCACCCAGAGGCCCCGAGCCACGCUCCUCGGCAAGGUGAACGACUCUGAUAUCUACGAGGACCAGUUCACUUACAAAGAGAUCAGCAGCAUUGCAAAUAUCAAGAUCUUCCGUUUCGACACCUCCCUUUACUACGCAAACAAGGACUACUUCAAAAGUUCACUUUUCCAGAAAACAGGAGUGAAUCCUUCGCUGGUUGCUGCCCUGCGGCGACAGGCUGAUGCGAAAGCAAACCUGGGCAAGAACGAAAGCUGCUUUUCUGUGAAGUUUAACUGCCUGAAGGGCACCAAGAAAGACGCUGCAAAGGUUUCGGUGUCAGAUGCUCCUGGUCCAGCCAUAGACAUGCACACUUUAAUCCUCGACUGUGGUGCUAUGCAGUUUGUAGACAGCGUGGGCCUCAGUGUGCUGAAGGAGACUCGCCAGGACUACAAGAAGGUUGGCAUCCAGGUCCUGCUGGCCAACUGCAACCCAUCCAUGCGGCACCUACUCCAGGCAGGUGGCUGGCUUACUGGGAUGGAGGAUACGGAGCUUCUGUCCUUCCACAGUAUACAUGCUGCUGUGCAGUUUGCAGAGAAACAGCACCAAACUCAGCAGAUGGACAGCAAAGUGGCAGGGGAUGCUUUCCUUAGUCCUGAAGAAGACAAUGAUACCUCAAUAACACCCAGUCUGGAGGGGCAACUGUAGGCCUGGAUAGAGCAGAAUGUGGAAAGACUGGGAAAUGGUUCCAUACUUAUUUUUAUUGGUGCACAUGACCAAUAGCUGUGAACGACCUAAAAAGGACAUGAACAUUCAAUUUCUUGUUGCAGGCCACGAGGCUUUCAAGAGGACUGUUAAAACACAGGAUGGUUACAACAUGAUAAUGCUGUAGUUUUCUCAAAGGUUUCAGUCCCUCUUUAUUUAUUAUUAUUCAUUUCAACAAUUUAUAUACUGCUUAACUCCACAUGGCCAGAGCAUAAGGGUUUCCACUACCAUAAUCAGGGAUAACAAUAAUAUUUUACUCCCUUUGGAUACUAUGUGGAUAUGUUGGAUCUAAAGCGUGAAAGAUGUUUGAGAUGAUUUUCUGUUUCAGGUGUAGAGUUUUGUUUUAGGUUAUUUCCCUUUUCAUCCCUCUCGUUUUUUGUUAGAUGCAUCAAUAAUAUUACCUUAUACUGACCACCAGAGGGCAAGAGUAUGUCACAAAAAUGCAAUCAAUAGCACAAACAGAGCGACUGUGUUGAAGGAAGUGAUCUUUUGGGGAUCAAAUCUAGAGCAAGUGGCAGUGAGGACUUUGUUCUAAGCAGCAAUCUUAGGGCAUAUUAAACUUCAUAAAAGCCUUCGUUGGGAUUUAUUUCUUUGCAAACACACACAUAGAUAGGACCAUUGCUGUAUAUUUCUGCCACAAUCUGAACAUGAUUUCUUUCCCAAGGGAGAAUAGCACAAGUGAUGAAAUACGUUCUCCUCAAGGUGCUAAUUUCCAUCAGUAAAAAAGGGAAUUAUACUGAGACUGAAUAUAUGAAUAUUAAUAUAGACAACAACACUUUAGCAUUGUCACAGAAGAACAUGAUUGCAAGCUGUUCACGAUUUUUGAUUCACUGAGAUUAUGCCUGCUCAAGUAACAUCUUCACAGUGGCACUUGUGUCACACAAGGAAUGUAAAACAUGACAUUUCCCCACCCCCGAAUAGACCCCCAUUUUGUUGUUCCCAAGAUGUGUAGGUUUGCACUAAAGCCAAACUAAUGGUGGCAAUUGCAUGUUGCCAAAACAGU